AUGAAGGCCGGUCGACGUCCCAGUCCAGAUGGGAAUCUCCUGCGCCCUCGGCCUCUGAGAGCAUUGCCCGAGGCCUUGCGCGCCAAUGGUCAUGGCCUCAAUGGUUUCGCAGAGGUUCCCUCUGGAGUGUCUAGUGGACGCUCGACGCCUAUCCCUCACGAUGCACCACCCUCGGCUCAGUCCAUAUCUACCGCCCGAAAACAGGCUCGCGCUCAGGCGAAGCAUCGCAUGUUCCAUACCAUCAACUACGUGCCUCGAGUCUCUCACUUUGAUCCGAGAAGCGAAUACCGAGACUUCCGGGGAUUCUUUGUGCUCUUUUGGAUCAGUUUGACCAUCAUGGUCCUCACGACCUGCUUAAGGAACAUCAAAGAGACCGGGUUACCUUUGAGAGUCAAUGUUUAUAAAAUUCUAUCCCGGAAUGUCAUCUCCCUCGGCUUGAGUGACGCUGCGAUGGUUGUGAGCACUGCUCUGAGUCUUCCGCUCCAGAAAAUUACGCGUGGACAAAUAGGCCUACUCCGGUGGCGUAGAGCCGGAAUCUGGUUGCAGAGUAUCUUCCAGGCGGCCUGGCUGUUUUUCUGGGUUCAAUUACCCUUCUUGUUGGGGUGGACUUGGACUGCCCAGGUCUAUUUUGCCCUCCACACCCUGACGUUUCUCAUGAAGAUGCAUUCCUACGCCUUUUACAAUGGGCACCUGAGCGAGGCGGAGAGACGCCUGCAUGAGCUGGACCAGCCAGAAACGGCGGACCUAGCAGAGGCGGUCAAGUAUCCCAGCUCUCCGUCGAGGCUGCAAGACGUUGACUCAGACCAUUCUCCUGAACAAAAGGAGUCUCUGGAACAACUCACACAGUUGCGGCAGGAUCUUGCCACGGAGCUCACUUCUCCCCUCGGUCAGGUCACCUAUCCACAAAAUCUUACCCUGUACAAUUAUGUCGAUUACAUUCUUUGCCCGACGCUCUGCUACGAACUCGAAUACCCCCGAACCACCCACAUUCGCUGGUUGGAAGUGUUUUACAAAACCCUUGCCGUUUUCGGUUGUAUAUUUUUAAUGAUCACGAUCAGCGAAGAAUUCAUUACCCCAGUCCUGGCUGAAUCCGCCAUCCGCCUCAAGACUGUUUUCACGUUUUCCGAUAUGGCAUUGAUUCUCGCCGAGACCAUGAGCCUCCUCCUGUUUCCCUUCAUGAUUAUGUUCCUGCUCGUCUUCCUUGUCAUCUGGGAAUACAUUCUGGGAGCUUUCGCCGAGAUCACCUGUUUCGCCGACCGCCACUUCUACUCAGACUGGUGGAACAGCAGCGACUGGUUGGAAUUCUCGAGGGAGUGGAACAUUCCCGUGUACCACUUCCUCCGAAGGCACGUUUUUUUCUCUUCCAAAACGUACUUUUCCACCUCCAUGGCCAUGGCGAUCACUUUCUUGGUCAGCGCGCUAGGCCAUGAAUUGAUCAUGGGAUGCAUCACAAAGAAACUCCGAGGUUAUGGUUUUGUAGCCAUGAUGCUGCAGCUGCCAAUCGUUGCUCUGCAAAGGAGCCCUCUCAUCCGGGGCCGAUGGGUGUUCAAUAACGCCGCGUUUUGGAGCAGUAUGAUUUUAGGAUUGAGCGCCAUGUGUAGUCUCUAUGUGCUGGUCUGA